UCUACAUAUCUUAUGUUAACUUAACCUGUGACCUACGCGUGAGCACCAUCGGAGAAUAAACGCGGAGUUCCUUUUGCUAUCGAUUUCAGAAGGCGCGAACAUGGCUGAGGCGGAUGAGACCCAGAAGAAGAAGAGGACCUUCAGGAAGUUUACCUUCCGAGGGGUCGACCUGGAUCAACUCCUAGAUAUGCCCAAUGAGCAACUUAUGGAUUUGAUGCAUGCGAGAGCACGUAGGCGCUUUUCUCAUGGACUGAAGAGAAAAUCAAUGGCACUUGUCAAGAAAUUACGGAAGGCAAAGAAAGAAACACCACCCAAUGAAAAGCCAGAAAUUGUAAAGACCCAUUUGCGUAAUAUGAUCAUUGUUCCUGAGAUGGUAGGUUCCAUUGUAGGUGUAUACAAUGGAAAAACCUUCAACCAGGUUGAAAUCAAGCCUGAGAUGAUCGGCCACUACCUUGGUGAAUUUUCUGUUACAUAUAAACCAGUUAAGCAUGGUAGGCCUGGCAUCGGUGCUACGCAUUCUUCGCGAUUUAUUCCACUUAAAUAAAGUGUAUUUUAUAAAUCAAUAAAUGUACAAAGAAAAAUAUAA